AUGAUGGUCGUCAGCAACAGCUUCCACGAUGCUUCGCCGAACCUCGCCCUCGACGAUCCCGGCGCCUUGGGGCUUGAAAAGGAAGGCGAGCUAGAAGAAGUCUACUGCGGCGGCUGCAACCGGCUACUCGGAGAAGACUCGGUCGAGGAGGGCGUCAUCCAGUUUGCCACCAAGCUGUGGCAUGUCGACUGCUUUCGGUGCGCAAAGUGCAAGAACAAGGUCAGCACGGAUCGCGACGACAUCCUCCUGCUCUCGGACGGCCACCCAAUCUGCGGAGAGUGCAACUACAGCUGCAACAUCUGCAACCUGCCCAUCAUGGAAGAGGCCAUCAUGACGGGCGAUGAGUCCUACCACGCAUCGUGCUUCACCUGUCGCGCCUGCCACUCGCGGAUCGAGGAGCUCGUCUUUGCCAAGACGAAUCAGGGCAUCUACUGCAUGCCCUGCCACAACCAGCGCGUCGCCCGCAGCCGCAAGCACGCCGAGCAGAGGAGAGCCAACAAGCUCAAGGAGAAGCAGAGGCUGGAAGCCGAGGAGGCACGCCGACAAGCAGGCUCGCAGGACAGCGCAUCGGCGCGCAUGCCCGGCUUCAUGCCCUCGGGAGAGCCAUCGCCUGCCAUGCCGACGAUCUCGGUCGAUGACGGUUCCGUUCGCCAACCCACCAACACUCGGCCACCCAGCCCACCGGAAAAGGAGGCGGCUCUACCAGCAAGGACACCCGGGGCCGCCGUGCAGCCGCUCGCUUCCCAGCCGGCCAACGCCUUUGGCAGCGCAUCGUCGCUGUCGCCGUAUCCUGGCAGUGCCGGUGCCCAUGACCGCAGUCCUCGUCCCGGCUCAGCCAACGGCAAGCGACCGAUGCAGGCACCUCCGCCUCCUGUGAGGGAAGGGCGGGGCUCUCCGAGUCCUGCUCCCGGUCAAACGCCGGAUCGACGCGGAUCGCCCGUCUCGCCUACACCUGUACCCAGCCGUUCGACGGACAGUUUGGCGGACGGCGUCACGCCCUCGGGGUCCGCCUCGUCCCUCAGCACCGCGGUCCAAGGUCAUCGGGCCCAGCCUGACUCGCCUUCAGGGGGCAAAUCCGGCGCUCGCAGGGCCGAAGAUGGCAGCGUCGCCUCGGCAACGGCACCGCAACAAAACCCACGGUCAGCCCUUGGCGAUGCGUCUGGCAAGCCCAGCUCGGCCGGCGCGAGCCCGGGCGUCAACGGUUUCAGCGUCGACUCGGCGACCAAGAGCGUCUUUUCCUCGAGCUCCGAAUACAGCCAGGACACCGACGGCACACAGAGUGCCACGCGGGCCAACGUGCAUGCCUCUCCCGGGAAGGGCCGCAAAACGGGGCUCCCCGCCUCGGGUUCCUCUUCGAGGCUCUCCAAGACCUACUCGUUCUACGAUUCCGACUUCAUCCAGCUUAUGGACUCGUUCGGGCGCUUCGACACCAACGACAACUUCCAGCUGAGCUCGCCGAUGCUCGAGGAAGAGGCCGAGGCGGCAGGCUCCUCGUCGCUUGCUCUGCCUGGCGCGGGCAAGACGUCGAGGGCGGCCAAGCGCAUGUCGAUCCGGCCACCGAUCAAGGCUGACGAAGACGUCGUCCGGGGCUCGAUGUCGUCCGAUGAUCGGCCGCACGAGCGCGGGGCGCCAUCGUCGCCGACGAAUGGCCUCUCGGACAACGACGAGGAGGUCCUCCAGGAUGAAGCAGCAGCGCCAAAGACGGGAGCGGAGACCCCGUCCAAGCACGACCGCGACGGCUCUGGCCUGUCGAACCUAUCGGCCAAGAUGCGCGAGUCGAUGCAGGCGGCGACCGACGGCCACGUCAGCAUGGACAUCUCGUUUGUCGAGAUGGUGCUCAAGGACCUCGACGAGACGCGCGACAAGAUGCAGAGCCUGCAGAGCAAAUACGACCGCAUCAAGCGGGCCAGCCAGCAGGCCGCUCAGGGCUUCUCGAUGGCCAAAGAGGAGUUUGCCAACGAGGUCAACGCGCGCCACGAGGCCGAGAUGGAGAUGGCCAGGCUGCGGAGGCAGCUCGUCGACCAGGCCUACAAGCUCGCCACGAUGUCGAGCGAAAAGCGGCAGCAAGAGAAGCUGGAGAAGCGCUCCGAGGAUGUACGGGCGUCGCUCAAGGGCAUGGAAGCGGACCUGACCAAGCUCACCGUGGAGCGCGACGUCACCGUGGCCGAAGUGGCCGAGCUGCUCGCGCUGCAGGACGGCAGCGGCGGCAACAGCGGCGCCUCUGCCUCGCGCGAGGCCAAGGAGGCGGGCGUCACCGAGAACCUUGCCAAGCGGCUCGACGCCGUCAAGGCGCGAUACCGCCAGGAGAUUGACGAUCUUUCCCUCGAGCGCGACUCGCUGCUGAUUGAGAUCGAGGAGCUGAAGCAGUCGCGCGAGCUCUUCCUCGAGGAGGCGCAGAGCCUCAACGCCAAGAACGAGGAGCUCAAUCUGCUCUACAGCCAGAUGACGCGGAGGGUCGAGCAGGCCGGCCAGGCUCGCGACCAGCUGCCAGCGCUGCCGCCAUUGCCGCGGGCGAGCAAGGACCUGCCCCCGAGCCAACUGCAGGGUGGCGCGUCGAACAAGGCCGGUACGGGCUUCGGCUUCGGCUUCGGCAAGCCCUCGCGGCACCACCCCGCCGGCUCGGGCUCGAUUGCGUCGACCAACGAGAGCUUCGGCACGACGCCAGCGCCGCCGCCUCAGUCCAGCGAGAACCUGGCCUCGAUCGACUCGGCCGUGCACCGGGUCAUCAAGCCGGAGAAGGUGGAGCCGCCGACGAUGGCCAAGAAGUUCAAGCUGUUCAAGCCCAAGCUGGCCGAUGCCUCGAAGCUAGCGGGCGGCAUGGGCUCGUCGUCGUCGUCGUCCAACGGCCAUUCGAACGGCGCGCAGCCCCCAGUGCCGCCGAAGCACGCCCAGGCCCCCGCCGCGGCGCACGUCAUUGCGCCGGGCAAGGCGUCGCACGACAUGGUGGUGCGCGAGCACCUCUUCCAGCCGUUCAACGUGCUGCGGCCGACGCGGUGCAUCGCGUGCCAGAAGAACAUGUGGGGCCAGUCGGAGAUGCGGUGCGCCAUCUGCUCGCAGAUCUGCCACUCCAAGUGCCUGCACAACCUGUCGCUGUCGUGCAGCCAGCCCUACACGCGGCCCGAGGAUGCGGCUGCCGCCGAGGCGGCCGCUGGGCCGUCGAUGUUUGGGCGGGACCUGGCCGAGCAGGCGGGCAUCGAGGGGCGCGAGGUGCCGCUGGUGGUGGAAAAAUGCAUCCAGGCGGUCGAGGCGUUUGGCAUGGACUACGAGGGCAUCUACCGCAAGUCGGGCGGCUCGUCGCAGCUCAAGGUCAUCACGCAGCUGUUUGAGCGCGGCGCGGCGUUUGACCUCGAGGACGUGGACCGCUUCAACGACGUCUCGGCGAUUACGAGCGUGCUCAAGAACUACUUCCGCGAGCUGCCGGUGCCGCUCCUCACGUUUGAGCUGCACGAGGACUUUAUCCGGCUCGCCGAGGCCAAGCUCGAGGCGGGCGCCAAGGCGCAGCAGAUGGUCGAGCUCAUCGCCAAGCUUCCGGCGCCGCACCACGCCACGCUGCGCAAGCUGGUGCGCCACCUGCACCGCGUCCAGCAGAGGAGCGAGGAGAACCGCAUGAACGCGCGCAACCUCGGCGUCGUGUUCGGACCCACGCUGAUGAAGUCGGGCGAUCCGACACAGGAAUUCGCGCAUAUGGGCGGCAAGGCCAUGACGAUUGAAUACUUUAUCGAGCACGCAGAGGACCUGUUUGCUUGA